AUGAAUGAGAAACUGGUUGUGUAUGACAGUGAGUCAGCGCCAGGUGGGCCGUCUGGAAGACAGCAGCAACAACAACAGUCAAAACCGACUGGUCAAGUGUUUGACAUGGAUUAUUCACAAGAAAAACAACAUUAUCCUCCUCAUCCACAUCAGCAACAGCAGCAGUCUGGAUUAUCAGGAAGACCAAAUUGUCUACUACAACAGUAUUCUUACAAUCAACCCCGUAACUAUGACAACAGUUAUACUGCAACUAAUAAUAAUAAAUAUUUCCAAUUUUUUACAAGACAAUCUGAUCUGAAGUAUAAUUAUUCUGAUUCAGAUGAACCGUCCAGUUUUUAUCAACCAAUGCCUUUAAAUAAUUACCCCUCUCAUCGUCAUACUAAUCAUCGAAUAAGGAAAUCUGAACGCCUACCGAAACAUAAAUACUUUGAGCAUAUGUUACAUCAAAAAAUAUCGAAUUCUCACCUGUCCAUGUUAUCCUAUCCUUACAAUCAAUCGAGUACACCACCAACAGUAGCCUUAUUCAAGAGUGGGAGUAUUAGUACUAGUCGAGAUAAUGUUGGUGUUGAAGAUGAUGGCGAUGAACUUUCGUUAUCAGUACAUGCACCUCCACCCCCACCACCAGCAGUACCACGUCAUCAUGUUGCAAUUCUUCCUUCACCAGAAACAGCAUUUAAACCAAUCAAUCAUCAAUCAAUAGAAAGAAUUACGUCAUCAUCAUCACAAUCUAUUCAUGAGUUGACUGGUUUCAGUGGGGGAGGGAUUGGUGAUAGUGGUGUCACGGUGAUGAGUGGAAGCAGUCGGAAUAAAAUGAACUCUACUCCAAAUUUAUUAGAUUUUAGUAGUAGUAGUAGCUAUAAUACUAAUACUAUCAAUACUACUGCCAAUAGUGCUCACUAUAAUAAUAAUAGCAAUAAUAGUAAUGUAUUAUUUCAUAAACACCAGCAAUUACAAAUGCAACUGCAACAACUUAAACAGUUACAACGACAAGACAAUCAACAAGCAACCAGAAUGCCAACAUUCAAGACGAAUUGUACAACGAAAAGUAUGGAAGAACUACUGAGGAGACAAAAGAAACUAGAUCAUCUUCAGUACUGUCUACAAAGAUAUGAAAUUGAACGUGAAGAGGCCGGACAAGCUAUUCGUCGAAUUGAAGAACGUAUGCAGGAAUUAGAAGCUCGAGCAACGGAUCUACUUGAGUUUGACAUUUCGAAAAAUUUAAACAAUGACAACAGUAUUAACUGUGUACAACAAUGGAGGAAUUCCAGCAGUACAGUUUAUAAUCAGGCUGAUCGGUUGUCGUCAAAUGAUCUUGAAAACCAGUACAUCAGUUGGUUGAAAAGUAUUGAAAAUGCAACAAAUAAUAAUAAUCUGAAAACUUCUUUCUCCAUUGAAAAUGAUGGAGGCAAUGCAGAUAAUUAUGCUCAGAAUAACUACAUGUAUAUAGAAUCAUCUUUGAAUGAAACUCCACCAUCGUCGAAUCAACAGCCUAGGCAACGGUGCUCAUUAGAACACACCUUCAAUAACAAUGUAACCAAGCCAAUGCAUAAUAGUUCACCGGAAUCGAAACGAAAUCUACUCCUGGAGCAUUUAUUGAUCCAAAGACAACGAUUAGCCACGGCUGAUGCUUCAGUGGCUUCACUCGCGAAACGAUUAUUGUUGCUUAAUUCUAACGCUAAAUCACAACAGGAUAGUACGCUGGAUAAGAAAUUUCAACAACGCAAACUAUCAGCAUACUCGAGUAAUCCAAAUGAACAGAGUACACCGGCGUUCGAUGAGUUAACUGAUAGUUCUUCAUUGUACAACAACCAACAGAUAAUGACAAGUUCAACAAUAUCGAAUGUGUUGAGAAAUUCAAAAUUAAUGAUGAACAGCUGCUAUACAAAUCCAACAGUUCAAAAUGAUGUGACCAGUGGUCCUGUUGGUGGUGGUGUGAGUGGGAGUGAGGCUGGUGCUGGUAGCACCAGUGGUCUUUUCCAGUAUCGAUAUCCUCACAGUUGGGAAGAUGAUAUUUUACCGCGUAGGAAUUCACCGAACAAUAAGCAAGCAAUUUUACAAAAAUCUAGUACAAUUGAAAGAACAAGCAGUUCAAGUAUCAAGUAUCUUCUAGACUCUCCACAAUUAAAUUCUUCUUUAAAGUCAACCAAUACUCAACGAAAGUUCGCUGAAUUGUCGCCAGCUAAUUACACCAGUACGAACAACACUAAUAAUAAUAAUAAUAAUUCAAAUAGUGUUAACACUGAACUGAGUGGUUUACAACAAAAUGAUUUAUCGGCUGUUGUCAGUGCAGAAAGACGUCGACUGCCAACACCUAUUCGUACAGAUUUGGCAACAUGGUGUAUAGGAUCAUAUUCAAAUAAAAUUCCACAGUUGUCCAAAUUAACAGGACUUCAACGUGCCUCAGAAAAUGGUUACAUAGAACUGGCUAAUGCUAGUAGUUCAUCUCCAGUUCCUGAAGAGGAUUAUACAAGUCGAUUAUUACGUGGAACAUCAAAAACUCAACUACCUAGUCGUAGAUAUUUUAAUAUCAAUGCAACAUUGAACAACUCCAUGACAGGAUUAUUAACUCCAGUCAAUUGUCCCCUAUCAUCAACACUACCAUUGUCCUAUAGUGAUAAAAUGCUGCCAAGACAAUCAUCAUCACUGUCACAAACUCCAGCACCAUUGAUGAAACAACAAUCACAACCAGCACCACCUUUACCACCGAAACCAAUCUCAGGUAAACCACAGACAUUUGUAGAUUCACAAGAACAUCUCAGUGCUGAAGACGAAGAAGUCUAUAAAUUUAUGUCACGGUCUUUUGAUAACAAUGAAGAGUUGGACGCAGACUUUCAGCCUUUAAAUCGAAACUUUACCGAUUCUAAACAACGGCCUUUACCUCCACCGUAUUAUGUGAAUAUCAAUGAUGAUAAUAAUAAUAAUGAAAAACUGUUGAAUCAAAGAAAAUUCCCACACAAAAUAACAAGAACACUAAAUAAUAGUAGUAAUAAAACAGUCCAACAAAUUAAAGAGACCGCUAAGUCAAUUCAUGAACAACUCGGUUUCGGGACAAUAGCACAACAAUCAUCUUCAUCAACAACUUCGUUGAAUGAUUUACACAAAGAAGACAAGAUGAAUAAUAAUAAUAAUAAUAGUCGAAUAAAUAUGAUCAAGUGUAAAAAGGUGUUUAAUUCAACAGAAAUGAAAAAUUCAAGUGAUAUAAAUCAGAUACAAAAAGUCAAACGAUAUGUUAAACAAAAACCUGAAUACGCAUUUAAUUUAAGAGAUUACCUACAAUCUCUCCAUCAUCCAGUUGACAAUUUAUCCCUAAAAUCCUCGGAUACAUCCGCACUACCUGAGGCAAACACUGGAAUGUGUUUAUCAAGUAUUCUAGGCAGUUGGAUUACAUCACGAACAUCUAAAGCACAAAAACUACUACUUGCAGAAGAUGAAUCGUUAGACUAUUUCCAGUGUAAAAUUAUUCUCACCGGUAGAAUAUGCGGUGGUUAUCUAUGGAUAAUGAAAAAACCAAGUCGUAAUAGAAAUAACAUUUGGGAUUCAAUUAAACGUCGAGUAGCAGCACAUGAUUCCACAGCCAAUCAUUCGACAACUUCAGAUAACGAUAAACGCAAUAAACGCAUAGUUGUGAGAAGUUCAAGUCAAGCUAGAUGGUCACGUAAAUGGUUAUCGUGUGAUAUGUUGGAACAAAAGAUUUUUAUAUGUGAAAGAAAAGGAAAUGGACGAAUUGACUGCACUAUAAACUUUUCAAUAAUUAAAGAUGUACAUCAAAGUAGUACAGAACAAUUAUUAGAUUGUCAAAAAUCUUUCUCAUCGAAUAAAAACACUCAAAGAUCAUCCUAUUCAUUAUCAGGGAAUAAUCCUAAUAAUAAUACUGAGAUAAAAAGCAAUCUCAAUCAAGACAAUUCUAGGAUUAUAUUAGACAGUAAAGACAACCAACAACACCAACAACAACAACAGCAACAGUUAUCCUCAACACCAACAACAAUGAAAUGUAUAAACAACACUGAAACAACAUCAACAGCAACAACAAUAAAUUGUACAGAAAAAACUGAAACAUUCUUUUGUUUAGAAACUACACUGCAUACUUUCUUUUUAAUGGCACCAUCAUCAGAGUUGACAAGACUAUGGAUGGAUGUUUUAAAACAAGCAAUGAAAAUGGCUUCCUCGUCAUCUAUGGAGUAACAAUUGAAGAACAAUAACUUUCUCACUCAGCUACGCCACACACACACACACCCAUUAUUUUUGUUAACAGCUUAUAAGCAACAAACACUAACUGGACAAUACAGAAUACUCUUAUAUAUAUAUAUAUCCCUGUAUAAACAUUUCUACCUUCACUUGUUAUUGCUAUUACUAAUGUGUUUGUCUUUCUCCUGUUGUUGUUGUUUUUUUAUUUUUAGGCAAAGUUUAUUUUAUUUUAUUUUUCAAAAACAAAC